CGUCACGCGUGGCGCUCGAGGUCGCAGAGCAGCUGAGCGAGGGGCGAAAGCUAGUUUGGACAGGCGGUUUAAAGGGGCGGCCCCGGCCGCUCCAAUGGAGGAGGGCUGAGGGAGAUCCCAUUGGACACCUGAGAGCAGGAGGAAGGGCGGGGAGGGGGCUUGGCGAUGGGGACGUGGCUCGGACUCUCCCAGAAACGGGCAAAGAGCAAGUCUGCGGUGGCCGCUUUUCUCCCCUUCAAAUAUGCCCAGGAGAGGAAAAGGAGGCUUCUCUAAGCUGGUUUCUGUCUGAACCUGGAACUACCAGGACAGUGGUGAUAAACUGAUCCUCAUCUACGAGGGAGGGAGGUCACUACAGUAGCUUGGCUCCCAUUCACCCACUUAGGAGGUUGUGGGAGAAAUGCCUCCUGAGUAGCCUUCCCCAGUGUGGUGCUUUUCAGCACUGGGACUGUCAAUUAUCCACAUAAGAACAAGCAACCGUAUCUAGGGGAAAGAGAUUAGAAUAUUCUUCAGUUCAGUUAUUCUUUUCAGUUUGAAAAAUGUUAACUGGUGCUAUGUUUUGGAGCAAACACAGGCAAAGAAAGAAGAUGUUUUUCAGGCAAAGGAAUUUAAAUGUAAACAAAGAAGAGCCUAACCUAGUUUAUCCUUGUGUUUGCCAAAAUUUGAAUUCAUGUUUAAUUCAGAGGUCCUGCUGCAUAUUAUAGAGAAACACUCAUUUUUAUUAAGUGGUCAUACUGUAUGUAUAUUUGAAAUGCAAAAGGUGUAUCAUAGAAACUUUGGUAUAUUUUCUGAGUGGCAUUCCACAGCUUAUAAUAAAAACUGGACAAUGAGUGUAACUGGAUUUAUUUCACUAUGGGUACUGGCCUUAUUGCUUUGCUGUCAACUAAUAACCUGUGAAGAACAUGAGGAAAUAGUGAAACAUGCCAUAAAACUGCAUCGUGGAAAAGGAGUUGCUGUUACUCAAAAGAAACAGUGGCUUAUAGAAAACUGCAGAAAAUUAUCUGGACUGCUACAUCAGAAGAAUGUGGUUCUCAACAAACUGAAAAGUGCAAUAAGAGCAGUGGAAAAAGAUUCAGGAUUGUCAUUUGAAGAGAGGACUUUUCAGGUUCACACAUUCGAAAUUUUUCAGAAAGAACUAAAUGAAAGUGAAAACUCAGUCUUUCAAGCAAUCUAUGGGCUCCAAAGAGCUCUGCAAGGUGAUUACAAAGAUGUUGUGAACAUGAAAGAAAGUAGUCGGCAGCGGUUGGAAGCCUUGAGAGAGGCUGCAAUAAAGGAGGAAACAGAGUAUGUUGAACUUCUAGCAGCAGAGAAGCAUCAAGCUGAAGCCUUGAAAAACAUGCAGCAUCAAAAUAAAAGUCUUUCUAUUCUUGAUGAGAUUCUUGAAGAUGUAAGAAAAGCAGCUGAUAGGCUAGAAGAGGAAAUAGGAGAGCACGCCUUUGAUGACAACAAGUCAGUGAGAGGAGUUAAUUUUGAAGCCGUUUUAAGAGUGGAAGAGGAUGAAGCAGAUACAAAAAGAAAUAUUUCAAAAAGGAAAGUAGAAGAUGAUUUGGGCUUAAGUAUGCUUAUUGAUUCACAAAACAAUCAGUACAUUCUUACAAAGCCCAGAGACUCAACCAUUCCACGUGCCGAUCAUCAUUUUAUAAAGGAUAUUGUAACAAUAGGAAUGCUGUCUUUGCCUUGUGGUUGGCUGUGUACAACAAUAGGAUUGCCAACAAUGUUUGGAUACAUUAUUUGUGGAGUACUUUUGGGGCCAUCUGGUUUAAACAGUAUAAAGUCAAUUGUACAGGUAGAGACAUUGGGAGAAUUUGGUGUAUUCUUCACACUGUUCCUGGUUGGUCUGGAAUUUUCCCCUGAAAGGCUAAGAAAGGUGUGGAAGAUAUCUUUGCAAGGACCUUGCUACAUGACCCUCCUGAUGAUUGCAUUUGGCUUACUCUGGGGGCAUUUGCUACAAAUCAGAGCGACUCAGAGUGUUUUCAUUGCUACUUGUUUAUCAUUAUCAAGCACACCAUUGGUAUCUAGAUUCCUUGCAGGAAGUGCUCGUGGAGAUAAAGAAGGUGAUAUUGAUUAUAGCAGUGUUCUGCUUGCAAUGUUGGUGAUGCAGGAUGUACAGCUCGGUUUGUUUAUAGCUGUCAUGCCAACUUUUAUUCAAGCUGGAUUUGGCACACAUUCCAGCAUUAUCAAAGAAAUACUAAGAAUAUUGAUGCUGAUUGGACAAAUUGUCUUUUCCCUGGCUGCUGUCCUGCUUGUAUGUCUUGUUUUAAAGACUUACCUGAUAGGACCCUACUACCGCAAGUUGCAUAUGGAAAGCAAAGGAAAUAAAGAAAUUCUAGUUCUAGGAAUAUCUGCUUUUAUGUUUCUUAUGUUAAUGAUCACAGAGUUAUUGGAUGUUUCAAUGGAAUUGGGAUGUUUCCUGGCAGGAGCACUUAUUUCUUCUCAGGGUCACAUGGUUACUGAGGAGGUUAUAUCCUGUAUUGAACCAAUACGUGACUUUCUUGCUAUCAUAUUCUUUGCAUCUAUAGGUCUUCAUGUAUUUCCCACAUUUGUAAUAUAUGAACUCACAGUCUUGCUGUUUCUUACACUUUCAGUGGUAAUAAUGAAGUUUUUCCUGGCAGUCCUUGUCCUUUCUAUGAUUCUCCCAAAGAGCAGCCAGUAUAUCAAAUGGAUUGUAUCAGCAGGCUUGGCUCAAGUCAGUGAGUUUUCCUUUGUCCUGGGAAGCAGAGCACGCAGAGCGGGUAUAAUUUCUCGAGAGGUCUAUCUCCUUAUAUUGAGUGUGACUACUCUAAGUCUAUUGCUUGCACCAGCACUGUGGAGAGCUGCAAUUAUGAAAUGUGUACCAAGACCUGAAAGACGAUUAUGCUCCUAAAAAUCUUUGGUUCACAUGCUUCAGCAAAGGAAGCCUGUCUAUAUAAUACAUUUCAUAUGUUAUGUUAUUUAGCUUACUACAAGCCUUAUUAUACUGGUUUCAGUUAAUGAAACAAAAAUGUAACAUUUUUCAUAAUACAUUCUGACUUUUAGAGUACUGAGUAUCUGUUAAAUAGAUUUUUCCAAAAUUUGGUUUAUUUUUUAAAAAGUCUUAUGAAUCCAAUAAUUAAUGUGCCUUUUUAAGGAUUAUUUUCCAGUCCAUGAAGCAAAUGAACAUUUAUGGUGCCUGUGGUACUGCUAAAAAAAACAAGCACCCAUUUAGUAUCUAGUCAAACAUUGGUCACAAACAUUUUUUUCAAAGCAAUAUAAAUUUUUCAUUCAAAUACAGGAUUUAAAACUGCUCUGAGAACAGAGUUAUGUUCCUAAGAGUAACUAGACAACCCUGUGACCCAUUGGGUGAUUCUUUGAGAGAAAGGUAGUGCAGUCUGAUGUGACCAGAAUGAACACUGAAUUUUUGGUUGACCAUAUUUUUUUUUUACCCCAAUGCUGGACAGUCCCAUGAUCAUCUAAGAACAGUAUAUAUCAUAAAUAGAAAAAUAAUUGUAGUGGCAAACAGACUUCAGUAAGAAGUCAGUAUUUACUUACCUAAAGAGAUAAACAGAACAACCACAGGUGGGCAAACAAGCAGUGGGAGUGGGAGCGACUUCCUGCUGGCUUCCCCAUUGACUUUGCUUGUGGGAAGCUGGCAGGGAGAGUUGGAAACCACAAUUAUGUGACCACUGGAACCCUGGAACAGCCACAACUUUGUGAAUAAAACUGGUCUGAACAUCAUGGAAAUUUCAAUUCCACAGAAGUAAUGUGUUCUGGAUUUUUUAUGCAUUCUUUAAGUUAGCAGAUUUUAGGUACCUUGAUUCAAAAAUUGUUGCGAUAUAAUGCACCAUUUGGGCUAACUUGAAGUUUUAGUGGUAUAUAGAUAUCUCACUUCAUUGCUUUUAAAAUCAAUUAUCUGUAAUAAUGAUUUACUUUUAUCAUGAUUUGUGGUCUGAAACACAUGGUUAAUAGUGAUCAGAAUAACUUCUAGUAUGACUAUCAAGGUCUCUUUGUACUGAUGUUAACUGUUAAUUAAAAUAAUUCUUGGAGGAUA